AUGGACUCGAAGACAAGCCAAGGGAGGCUGAUGAAAAGGCCCAUGGAGUGCUCAGAUAUUGACAGGCCGAAGAAGAAGCCCACUGAAUAUGUGAACGACGAUCGUUUCGAAAGAAUUUACAUGUUCAAAGUGCUUUUACCGAACGGUACAAGCAUGGGUAUGAAGAUGUCUCUGCUAAAGAGUGAAAUACCCAUUGAAGAGUUUGUUCAAAUGGUUCAGCAGGAGUACUUCCAGACCAUAAGAAAAACAGAGCCUUCAAAACCCAGAAGACGGAUCAAUUGGAACAGUCAAGACUUGCAUUUUGUUGAUGCAUUCGAGAACAAGAUAAGAAAGAAACUGAAUUUCAAGAAUUUUAAGCCCAACAAUUGGUACAUAUUGAGGCUGCACGAUGGUUCUGGCGAAGCAGAGACUUUUGAGAAUAUGUGGGAUUUAACUCCAGAUACAGACUUGCUAAAGGAGCUACCUGAGGAGUAUACUUUUGAAACUGCCCUAGCAGACUUGAUUGAUAAUUCAUUGCAAGCGGUGUGGUCCAAUGGUAAAAAUGAGAAGAGAUUAAUUAGUGUGGAUAUUGUUGAGGGUAGGAUCUCAAUUUUUGAUACAGGGCGCGGAAUGGAUGGUAGUCAUGAAAACUCUAUAGUGAAGUGGGGAAAGAUGGGUGCCUCCUUGCACAGAUCUUCAAAAGGACAAGCAAUAGGGGGAAAGCCUCCCUACUUAAGGCCUUUUUUUGGUAUGUUUGGAUAUGGAGGACCUAUUGCAUCUAUGCAUCUAGGAAGGCGGGCUUUAGUUUCGUCCAAAACGAAGGAGUCCAAAAAAGUUUACACACUGCAUCUUGAGAGAGAUGCUUUACUCAGCAGUUCCAGUUCAGAACAGACCUGGAGGACCAAUGGCGGCCUGAGAGACCCUUUGGAAGAUGAAAUAGAGAAAUCACCUAAUGGAAGCUUCACAAAGGUUGAUAUUUUUGAACCAAAAAUGAGAUUUGCAGACAUAUUGCAACUCCAAUGUGAACUAAAGGAUAUCUAUUUCCCAUAUAUUCAGUGUGAUGAAGUGUCUAAUACUGGCAGAACUGUCAUGCCGAUUGAGUUUCAGGUCAAUGGCAUUGAUUUAGCGGAAAUAGGUGGUGGGGAGGUAGCCAUAACGAACUUACACUCCUGUAAUGGCCCAGAUUUUGUUCUGCAACUUCAGUUUUGCUUCAAUCAGGACACUGCUUCAGCAAGUUGUCCAGGAUUAAGAAGAUAUCAAGAAGCGAAUGCACGGCUAAAGUGCGUUUUUUUUCCUAUUGUUGAGGGUAAAGAGAGCAUUGAGAGGAUUUUGGAGAAGUUAGAAGUGGACGGAUGUGGAAUUCCAGAAAACUAUGAAAACUUUAGUCAUGUAUCUAUCAGGCGGCUGGGUCGUCUACUUCCAGAUGCUCGCUGGGCAUGGCUUCCAUUUAUGGAUUUAAGGCAGAGAAGGGGAGAUAGGGCCCAAAUAUUGAAGAGAUGCUGCUCAAGAGUAAAAUGUUUUAUUGAGACUGAUGCUGGUUUCAGUCCAACACCCUCGAAGACGGAUUUAGCACACCAUCACCCUUAUACCAUUGCCUUAAAGAACUUUGGCAACAAGUCUCUUGAGAAAGAGAAAGAGGUAAAUGUUGAAAUUUACAAAGAUGAAAAGCCAUUGAAUCUUUUGCAACUGGAGAGGCAAUAUCGAGAGUGGAUUUUUCAGAUGCAUGAUCGUUAUGAUGAGGAGAGUGACACUGGUGUGGAUCAACCUGUUCUUGUAGUUAGCCCCUUAAACAAGAAGGCACUUGGUGUCUCUUCUGAUGUUGUGAGGGUUCACAAAGUUGUCCAGAGGAAAGGAACAUCCUGGAAAUCAGGGCAGAAGAUCAAAAUUCUUAAGGGAGCGUGUCCAGGAUGCCACAAGAAGAAUAUUUAUGCUACUCUUGAGUAUAUUCUCCUUGAUGGGUUUCAAGGGGAUGCAGGUGCCAUUGAACCUGAGGAGUGGAAUUACCAACUUGAGAAGCAACGUCAAAAAACUCCAUCCUCAAUUGAGAUAUUGAGUGCAAAACAUUGUCAAGAGUUAGAAGUCAGUGAGGCAUUACCUGCUGAUUCCGUAGUUGAUGCUGGACAUUUGCCCCCUGAGCAAAUAAUUGCAGUUAACUUGGAUCAAAAACAUAUUGCCAAGGAAAAUUUUGAGAUGACUCUAGAAAUAAAAUAUUACUCCCAAAACAAAGAUUUACAAAAUGUUCAGCAUAUUUAUUCGGUUCGUGUUGCUCCUUCAUCACGUAAAGCGUUUCAUGGUUUAUACAUAUUUCCACUGAGAAGCAAGUUUCCAAAGUUAUUUCAAGAAGCUGGACUCUACAUAUUUACUUUUUCUCUUAAAGAGUUGAAUAUUAGGAAUUGUGAAAAAAGAAUACAGGUGAAGGCCUUAUCUGGACUUGGGAGAUGGGGACUAUUAAGUGCUGAGCAGAGUGCACCAUGUAGUGUAAGGGUUGGUUCGUGUUUUCCACCUUUUUCAAUUGCAUUUUAUGAUAGAUACGACAAUCGCAUUUCAUGCACAUGCAUUCCAGAGGUGAUGGCAAAGGUUAUUGCAAAAAGAGAUGUUCUUGCACAUGUGCAUAAUCUGAAGGUGCACACUUCAUCCAAAAUAUUGAGAAUAAAGGAUCUGCUGAUCGAGAGCAGUGAAUUAGACAAGAUUCGGCCAAGUUAUCAGGCCACUUUAAUGAUAUGUUCACUGGAUGAUUCACUCUCUGUACAGUUUCCGUGUCAAGUUCUUCCUGGAUCUUUGCAAAGUGUCACUACACAACCACCAUAUUUUAGGGGGAAAUUGCUUCCAGGGCAUGUAAUUAAAGAGCUUGUACUAGAGAUGUUUGAUGCGUAUGGUAAUCAUGUGAAAGAGGGUGAGGAAGUCCAGUUAAAUGUGGAUGGAUUUUGCUUCCAAGAUAAAACAGGCUCUAUGCGCAAGGCAGAUGACCAUGGGUGUGUUGACCUUAGUGGCCUCUUGAAAGUCACAAAGGGAUAUGGAGAAAAGGUGUGUCUUUCUGUGUUAUCCGGUAAGGAGAUAGUUUUCAAGGAAGAGUUUCAAACUGAGAAGAGGGAACUGAGAGUUACAUCCAGGCUGGAAAAUGUUGUCUUCGAAAUCACCAACUCUGAGGGUGAUGUGGAUGAGAGUAUCCAUAAUGAAGAGAAACAUGGUCAGCCUCACACACUUGUGAUAAAGUCAGAGUCCGGGGAUUUGGAUGAUUCUGUGCAAUACAGCUUCCGUCGUGGGCGGUGCACUAUUCGUUCUCUUCCCCUUCCUACAAGAGAAGGGAUUUUCUGCUUUGUAGCUGCUCAUUCUCGCUACCCGGAGCUUAACUUGAGCAUUGAGGUGUAUGUUGAGAAAACUUCAUUGGUGGAGCAUGAAAGUCUCCAAUCUCACCAUUCAGAUCAAGGAAUUUUGCUUCCCCAUGAUUCAUCUGCUUUUAAGACUCCAAACGUAAAACAUGAUGAUGUCCAACAUCAAUAUUCAAAUGGAAAGAUAAUUCUCAUCCCGGACUCAUCUGUUCCCGAGGAUGUAGCAACAAAUUUGGCCAUCUCCAUCAUGAAUGAUCAAAGGGAGCUUGAGGAUGAUGUUUUUAGGUAUGGUCUGUGUAUCGGACAGCAUGAAGAGAAGCUGAAAAUGUUCAGUGUUCAGCAGGAUACAAUUGAGCAAGACAUCUCUAUGUUGCAAGGUUCAGACUGCAGAGCCAGUGGCUGUUGGCUGCGUGAAUAAGACACACCAGGCACUGUAUACAAUAAAUUCCUUUUAUGAAUCCAUACAAAGUAAUAGUAUUGGGUUAGAAAAUAUGUAAGUGAAAGUGAAACUGCUACUUGAGCAUGUAAUGUUGAUGUGCUUUACAGAUUAUAUGGACCUUGAUUCCUCUAAUGAAUUGGGCUACUCUACUGGAAAAGAAGUUAUGAUGGAACGUAUUGAGUGCAAGGACUCUGCAGCUGCCAUUGUCUGCAAAGUCUUAGGAGCAUUUGCGUUAGAAGAGCAACAUGACUUCACGAAAGAUAUACUGGGUGUGGUUGCACUUCUUGGAACAGUUCAAACCAACGAGAUUAGCAGGAUUUUGGCGGAGUAUCUGGGUGAGGAUCAAAUGCUUGCUGUUGUGUGUAAUUCCCAUGCAGCUGCAGUUACUCUUGAGAAGUAUGAACAAAAUGGACAAGUAAAUCGUGCUUGUGCACUUUAUGCAAUGGCAAUUGAACUUGGAAAAUCUAUAAAUGGCCGUUAUCUUGUUAUAUGCCUCGAGGAUGUUAGGCCCUACACAGGAGAGUUGGGCUGUGAUCCCCAGAGGAAGCUUGCCUUGCCAGAUCCUAUUUUGCCAAAUGGAAAGGCCCCACAAGGUUAUUUGGGGUAUGCUGUUAAUAUGAUAUAUCUUGAUGCAAUUCAUUUGCACAUGAGAACUGCUACAGGUCAUGGUCUGCGGGAGACUUUAUUUUAUCGUCUUUUUGGUGAGCUUCAAGUAUAUGAUAAUAGAGACGACAUGGAAAUGGCAAACUCUUACAUAAAGCAAGGUGCAGUUUCUUUGGAUGGAGGGAUCAUGAGAGGAAAUGGAGUUCUUUCUCUUGGAUAUUGCGAACCAGAUAUUCACUUUCCAGUUGUGAUGCUGGGAAGUCAAAUGAAUAUCUCUCAAAUGAGCCUCAAGAUGCUGAAGCAGAUUGAAGCAAAGAAACUGGAGUUACGACAUAUACUUCGUGAGAUGGAGAAAGAGACUAAAUCCCAUAAAAAAGUUUUGAAAAAGUUUAACAAGAAGCGAGAUAGGUAUAAGAAGUUCUUGGAUGAGAAGGAACCGUUGCUGAGAAGUUUAAAUACAGACACAAUAUGAAGAGCUUGUGAUUGUCAUGUAAAUUUUUGUGCAGAAUUCUCAUAUUGGUGUAUGUUCUGAUCCCAGUCAGCACUUAUGCAUAGGUGAACUGCCAAUAGUUUGUUAUCAUACGGCCACUCAUAGGAUACCAGAUGGACAGGAUAGACAGAAUACAAGAAUACAGAGACCAGCGGGCGGACUUGCUUAGUGUAACAUAACUAUUACAGCUAUCUAAUCUCGGCAAUUACAGAACCUUUUUUUUAAGCUCCUGUUAAAUUUUUACAUUAGGAAUGGUG